ACUGAUUGUCAUUGAUAGGUGGCACUGACAGGCACUGAUGGGUGACACUGAAAGGCAGCUCAGAUGGACGCUGAUAUGUGGCAUUGAUGGGCACUGGUAGGCACUGAUAUAUGGCAUUGAUGUGGCACUGGAACGUGGCACUGUUCAGCACUGGCAUCUGGCACUUAUGGACACUGGCAGGUGGCACUUCUGGGGCCACACUGAUCAUCAGGGCACACUGAUCAUCACUGUCAGCGUGACAGCUAGUGAGGAGAGAUAUGCCGAUAACCGGCAUUUCCCUGUUUACAUGUGAUCAGCUGUGAUUGGACA